ACAUUUGCCGGACUCGUUUGGAAGCAUGGGACGUCGUGCGCGUGUGCGACGCAAUAUCCUGUUGCCAUGGUGAGCGGUGCGGCCCAGUUCUACAGUAAAGCCCCGGGAUGCCGGAAGACGUUUCCAGCUCGGGUUCCGUCCCUCAGCUCCGAUCGUACAAUAGCCGCCAGCCCGUGCAGGUUGUGUUCUGUAACCGGAGUCCGCGCACCGUGAAGCCCAUAUGGGUGAAUUUCAAUGGGGAGCCGCAGUCUUACCCGACACUCCCCGCGGGUACGGGCCGGCGGAUGAACACCUACCUCGGGCACAUCUGGCUAUUUCGAGAAGCUGAAACAGACGUGGGUCUUGUGGUCAACAAGAAGGAGAUAUAUGUGCCCAGCCCAAUUGUAAAUGGACAGCCUGCUCUUGUAAAUAUCUCACUGCCAGUUUUUAGUCUGAAAGAGUGCAGUCUACAAGUUGUCAGGAGUCUUGUGAAACCAGAGGACUACCGAAAGCUGGAAAUUGUGGUUUCUUUGUAUGAAGAGCUGGAAAACAGGCCUGAUGUUCUAAAAGACUUGCGUCGACUGGCAAUCGGGUUCUGGGAACAAACGAGAGGAUCAGACUCGUAAAUAUGGAAGCAAAGGCUCCAGUGGAAUCCCAGAUUAUUGGAAACCCGGUAUGGCAAGCUAAAUGGCAUUUCUGGAAAUGUGCUCAGGACAGACCUUAUACCAGAGAGUCUUGUAGGGGACCAUGUACUAUAAAGUAUAAUAUCUACACAA